CUUCCAGUCCUAGUAUUCUGGCCUCCUCCGAGGAGUUCCAGGAAGAACGCCCCGCACGACUUUGAGUGGCUCUGAAUGUAUUAGCUCAUGUUACUCCCUUACUCCCUGUCUCGACUCUGCACCUGUCUCUCCCUAGCCUAGUUGACUGCCUCCAUCCCACCCAUCCUCCCCUCCCUGCGUCUCCCUUCAAUCCACACAAUCUCCAACUAUCCACAACUAUUCUUCUUCUAUCCUCGACGUUUCCAAAACUGCCACCAGUCAAUCCUAUCCAUCACAAUGUCCAAAUUCCGCUCGCAACGCAAGAAAAACGCCCGCUCUAUCGCUUCAGAAGACCCGUGGAGGGUCGAUACCCCCUUCGGCCCUCCACGGACGUCCUCCUUCCCCGGUGGUGGCAUUCAACGAAUCCGCAAUACACUUUCCAGGCUGUCACCCUCCGCUAGAGCAGAGAGAGAACUCUUGAAACAGAAGAGCCAAUACAAAAUCCCCUUGACGGAAAGGAAUAUCGACACCCUGGUCACCAACCAGCUCUUCUCCGAUUCGUUUAAACCAGAACGGCGCACGGAGCUGCAAAUAUCCGCCUGGCUUGAGAGACUGGCAUAUUAAUCAAAUUGACUUUUACCGAUGACAUACUCGUCUCUUCUGACCGAGAACUACCCCGCCCAUGUCUCGUCCUCCCUGUCGACACCGAGUACUGCUCUGGUUCGAGCACCGUCAGAUCAAUCUGAAAAUGGCUCAUUAAACGCAAGAUAAUUCUUAUCCCUUCGGUUUGGACUGGAAACAAGUGACUUUCAUUGCUCUCUUGGCGUCGACGCCGUCGCCCGAUAUACUGCGCCAAGUAUGCAAGUCUAUGCCCCCUGCCACAACGCAACAGCGACAACCUGGC